UUGAAUAACUUGAAAAUUGUUCCCUCCAAUGUUGUAUGCCUAUGUUUAUGUGGCAAGUAGUUACCAAUCAGCAAUGAUAAGCAGUUACAACAGUUAGUAUUUUGCCCACAUGCAGUAAAUAGGUCACAAUAUCUUUAAAUGCUAGCAAACAUAGGCCUCAUUGUACGGACACCCUAGGAGAUUUAUGUUUCAUUGAUCAAGGUCAGGUUCAAGCAUCAUGUUGUCGUUACUGUUGUUGUGGAUGAGAACACCGGUGCCAAUGUGGGGGCCACUGAACGUGUGUUCACUUUUUCCAAAUCUGAUUGGCCAAUCAGACGCAGCCUUCUCUGUGAAGAGUGGAGAAUGUACAGAGUUCAAAUCAUUCCGCACAGCAUUUCAAGCACGAUGACACCUCCGAACUUUGCUUUGUAUUUCACAUGUCUGUUUGUGGCGAAUCUGGCUCACAUGACAACUCUAAAACAGUCUUCAUUACGUUUUCAGUCAGCUAAGGUUGGGGAACGGGUGACUUUGACUUGUGUCUGUGACAGGGAUAUAGCAAUAUCGAUGUUUUACUGGUAUAAGCAAACUCUGGGACAGAAACCAAAGCUGAUGUCUUCGUUCUAUAGGCAUAGUGGUUACGGAACCUUUCAAGAUGAAUUCAACAACCACUCACGGUUCUCCCAGGGAAAAAUAAAUGAUACAUUUUUCUUGAAGAUUUUAGAUCUGCAAAUUUCAGACUCAGCAAGUUACUACUGCGUAGGGAGCAACUUAUAUGACUUUGAAUUUUAUGAGGGCACUACAGUCAGUGUAGAAGGUUCAGGUUGGAAGGUCCCAGCUACGGUCCACCAGUCAGCGUCUGAGAGCAUCCAGCCAGGAGGCUCUGUGACUCUCAACUGUACAGUACACACCGAGACCUGUGAUGGAGAACACAGUGUUUACUGGUUCAAGAAGUCAGAAGAAUCUCAGCCAGGACUCAUUUACACCCACGGAGACAGGACUGAUCAGUGUGAGAGGAAACCCAACACACAAACACACACCUGUGUCUACAACCUGCCGAUGAAGAGUCUGAAUCUUUCUCAUGCUGGGACCUACUACUGUGCUGUAGCCUCAUGUGGACACAUUCUGUUUGGAAACGGGACAAAGCUGGACUUGGAGGAUAAGGGAGACUCUCCUGUCUGGAUUUAUUUCUUGAGUGCAGCUUUAGCAUUCACCACGUUCCUGAGUGUUUUACUGGCUUUCUUAGUGUACCAGGUGAACAAAAGAAGCUGCCAAGGUACAGAGUGUAAUGUAACAUUUUCAGCAACUUCUACUCCGAAUAUAGCGUUAUGCCAAGACGCAGACAACCUUCAUUACGCUGCUUUAAGGGAUGACAUGGGCAACAGAUCAAGAAGACAGAGGGACAGCACCAAUACUGAAUGUGUGUACUCGAGUGUAAAGCAGUAGAGCUGGACACGUGUACUGUGUGCCUGUACUUUGUUUCUGUGUAGAAAGACAUUUCACAAAAGGGUCAUUUGAAUUUUUCCAAAACAAGCUUAUGAUUCCAGCAAAUUCAAUAAAUACAAAGGCUUGACUUG